AUGGUUACUAUUGUUGAAAAUGCUGAAUGGGAAGGAGUUAAUGUCAUGAAACCAUUUGAUCGUCUACGUGUUGUAUCAACGUAUAUCAAAACAGUGCUUAUACUUGUUGCAAUACAAAUAUCAAUAACAUUUGUCAUCAUAAUGCUCUCGUCAAUACCUGAGAUAACAUCUGGAAAUGGUCAACAACCGAUUCCGUCCAUUAUAGCUGUCGUUUUAGGUUUGAUUGCAUUGGUCAUAGCACUAUUGAUUCUUCUCGUGAAGAAGAUCAGUGAGAAAUAUCCACUGAAUGUCGUGUUUGUAAUUAUUUAU